AUGUCAAGUAUGGAUACCUCCGAGUCUCCAGCAGCUCAAGCCGAGCCAAAAAUGUUCACUUUGAAGAAAUGGAAUGCAAUCGCCACAUGGAAUUGGGAUGUGGAAUGUGAUACUUGCGCUAUUUGCAGAAUUCAGCUAAUGGGUAAGUUCUCUUCUCUUUUUAUUGAUUCCGAAUUUAGAAACGUGUCUUCGAUGCCAAUCAGAUGCUAAACAAGAAGAGUGUGUGGUUGCCUGGGGCGAAUGUAACCACUGCUUCCACAAUUGUUGUAUGUCCCUUUGGAUCAAACAAAACAACAGAUGCCCGCUUUGUCAACAGGACUGGGCGGUUCAGCGUAUCGGUAAAUAG